CCUCAACCUCAUAUCUGUCCCCCUCCUCCCCACAUCCACCCCUCCUCUCUCGCUCACCGCCAUCCACGACCUCUUUGUCUCCCACUCCCUCAACCUCCUAACUCCACCUCCCCUGCAGCACUCUCCUAUGGAGGUCUCGUCUGGACCCACUCACCCAGACCGAGCGGCCGCAGAGGCGGUGGGGUCGGUAUGCUCCUGCCACCGCUGAGCACCUUCCAGGUCCUCCCUAACCCCCCCUCCCUAUCCUUCUCCUCCUUCGAAGCCCACUGCAUC